CAUGCCCAGUCUAGGCAUAACACAACUCAGUUCGGAUCGUUACACUGAGGAAGCCAAUUCAUGGCAAUUACCGUGUAAAGUGCGUGGUCAAGGUACGGUACGUGACGAGUGAGAUAGUGUGAUGAUUGGAAUGAAAAAUUGUAACGAAUUAUGCGCAAAACUUUUUAACUAAAUAAAUUCAAUAAAUUCUUGUUUUCCGAUUGCUGACCUUUAACCUCACUGCGCAGUAAGAGAUGGCGUUUAGAAUCGCAAAUUUGUGGGAGAAUUUCGUGAAUAAACUUUUCUUGUUUGCACCGACUUUUGUGGUGUGCUUAACCUUCCUGCCAUGUGGUCUCAUAUUUGGCUAUACAAUAUGCUCACUGAUCGCCAAACGCAAUGUCAAUGCCGGACUCAUUGAGUAUGGGCCAAUGAUAUUUGGUGGUUGCGCUGGCUGCGUUAUUGCCGUUAUUAUGUUUAUGGUGAAAUUUUUAAAGGGUCGCAUCAUUUUUUGGCAUAUCCCGAUUUUGCUGUGUGCGGGCGUGGGUAAUUUGCUAGCGAGCUGUUUCUACUUUGUUAAUGGCAUGGAUACGGCUGGCGCUUUCAUCUCAUACUUCGCUUACAGCUUAAAUUACAUAGCUGGAUUGAGUUUCCUACAUACAACACUAAAUAAACGUAGCCGUUCUAUUAUGCUCACACUCGCUUUUUCCAUUUUUCUAUUGGGCACUGCAUCGGCUGUUAGCCUUAUUGGCACUAGCUACACGAAACCUGACAACAAUCUCAAUGUAACUACUGAACAAGUGCCGGAAGAUCUUUAUGUGGGUUUCGCUGGCCUUUACUUAAGCAUUUCUGUGGUGAUUUUAGGUGUUCUUAUUGGUUUGAAGGUGAUGGAUUUUUAUGGUAUCGUUGAUUGUCAGAAUAUUUUGGAUAAUGAAUUUCGUAUUGCUAACUCCAAUGGUAGUAUAUUUGAUAAACGAAAAGAUAUUAUUAAACGUGUUAAGUUUCUUUAUGUGACAAAGAAUCAACAAUGGAACGUUACGCUGGUGGUACUUUUUACCGAAAUGAUACAGUAUGCGCUGUUUGUGUACUACAUUUUUUGGUUUGUCAUGAAUCAAGGUAUACGUCUGACACCCGUUGACAAUGUCGAUGCUAUGCUGUGGGUGGUAUUCGCCGGUUCAGUGUUAUGUAUUUUGAUUGUCGUUUUCUUCAGUGUGAAGGUCACAUUUGUUGCAAAUGAGAUUUUCCUCAUAAUUCUUACCAUUUUGAGUAUGAUUAUAUGUAGUUCCGUGGAUACGAAAUUACCAUUGUGGUUUAUAUUGCUUUUCUUUGGCAUAUCAUUUUCAAAUUUGCAAAUAUCGAUUGUGGAAGUUUCACAUUUCCGUUAUACUGAAUUACUAUUUUUCGUAUCUUAUUUAGCGAAAUUGAUUUCUACAAGCAUGAUUUAUUACUAUUUUGUAUCGAAUUCGAAGAAUUCAUUCUUCUACUCAACGGAUGGUAGUACGAUAAUGGCACAGGGAUUUGUUUAUAUGAUAAUCACUGCGUUAGUUGCACUCGUGGUGGGUGUAAAAGUGCCACGUACAUAUUGUAUGACACUCUUCGAAAUACAAUACGACUUGUUGGGUGUGAUAUUUAAACAGCAUGAAAUUGAACAAUUGGAUGUGACGUGUCUACAUGAUGGUUCGAUCCCUACGAUUAGUGCACAUACUCACUACUGAGACAUGUAUUUAUUCAUGUAGAUUAUGUGUAUAAAAAUAUUUAAGAAAAAGAAUUUGUGUAUUUAUACUUAU